UAUCCACAAUCGCAGUUGUAAAUUUUUUUUGGAGAAUUUAACGCGUGAAGCUUUUAAUUUAUAGGAACGCAAUUUAUUAAAAAAAAAUCUGAAUUGAAGCAAAUAACAAAACUAAAGGAGUGGUAUUUUUAAAGUUUAGAAAAAGAAAAGAGCAUAUUCAGUAAAAUGCCACUAAAGGAACGGAAUAUCGCCAUGAUGGGCUACAGCUCAGUUGGGAAAUCAUCGCUAUGCAUACAAUUUGUUGAGGGUCAAUUUGUGGACUCCUACGAUCCAACAAUUGAGAAUACUUUUACGAAAGUAGCGCGUGUCAAUUCGCAGGAUUACGAAGUGAAAGUAGUUGAUACAGCUGGUCAGGAUGAAUACAGUAUAUUCCCUGUGCAAUAUAGCAUGGACUUUCACGGCUAUGUGCUUGUCUACUCGAUAACCAGCCAAAAAUCAUUUGAAGUCAUUAAAUUUAUCUACGAAAAGUUAUUGGAAGUAAUGGGGAAAAAAUAUGUACCUGUUGUAUUAGUUGGCAACAAAACUGAUUUACAUCAGGAGCGCACAGUGACCACGGAAGAGGGACGAAAAUUAGCAGAAUCUUGGCGAGCAACAUUUUUGGAAACAUCAGCUAAGCAAAAUGAGUCUGUUGCCGACAUCUUUCAUCGACUACUGAUAUCCAUUGAGAGCGAGAAUGGCAAUCCACAGGAGAAGAGUAAUUGCAUUAUCUCGUGAAAGCACAAUGUAGACAUAAGUUACCGGCCACGUCAACGAAAACAACACCCUGUACCGAUUGCCACUGCAACAUCAAUACAUAUUGAAGCAGUAGCAGAAGCUACUGUUGCACCUGAAACAACAACGAAUCAGGUCAUAUUGCAGCUGUUUUAUGAGUGCGAAUUGGGGAACAGCUGCAGUGCUUAGUAGGCGUGGUCGUGGUGAAAGUAGAACGCGCGCGUAUGUGUGAACCAAAUGAAUGUGUAGAUGAGAGUGCUUGUGCGAAUUUUUCUUAUAUCCCCACAGCGUAGUUGCCAAAUAUUACUUUGGGCUCUACCAAAACUAAACAUCAUACAUACCUAUGUAUGUAGGUAAAUGCGUUAGUCUUACAGCAUUGAUAAGCUUCGUUGAAUUAAAUAAAAAAAUAUACUUUAUUUCUUAAAAAAAAUGUCAAGUUGGGUAAGGUUAACCAUUAUAAUUCACUUCGUUUAAAUUUUGCAGGAGACUUGCAUUUUGCUUUUUUUUUAACUUUAAUGAGUGCACUUAAUUUUAAAAAUGUACUGUUCAUAAUAAUCUACCUGAAAAUUGCAGUGUUUUUGUUUGUUAUUUAAAUACGUACACAUGCAGGGUUUUGGGUCUCCUGUAAAAUUUAUUGUGGUUUUCGAUGUCCACCAGUGACCGUUACUCAAAUGUUUUCUGAGAGUAUUUUGAUUUUAGUAACAAAGAAAAUUUAAAUGAAGCGUAGAAAUGAAUAAGCAUUAAAAAUGAAAUUUAAAUGGCAGAAGUAAAACAAAUGCGAUAGUAAAAAUUAAUUCUUUGUUUCAACUGCAAUAUUGUAGCAUUAAUUGAUUAAAAUAAAAUGAAUAAGUUCUUUAGAAAUAGAUUGUAUAUACAUAUGUAUGUAAGUUUCGAAACAGUUUCAUAAAAUACCGUCAGGGUUCGGAAAAGUUUGUUUUCAAUGAUAGAGAGUUAUUUUUUGCAUUUUUAUAAAACAAUGUCCGACCAACAUUGGCAUAAAAUUCAGAAUUCUAAUUUAGUUUAAUUUUUUUUUGCAAGAAUACAUUUAAUGUUUUUUAAACGCAUGAGCACAAUUUUCUUUCUUGCUAGCUUUUAUUCUUAAUUUCUUAUUCGCUUAAGUUUUAAGGAAAUUAGUUUGAAUUGCUCAUGCUAAAAACACAGAGCUAUUUAGAGCGAUUGCGAUUGCGAUUGAAAAUUAUAAAAAUAAAAAGCAACAAUGCUGAAAACAA